CAUUUCUAUGUUUAUAUGGGUCAUGCUACCCUUGUCACCUACUUAGGUCUAUUUUCGCCCUUUCUCACCCCUAGUGAGUAAAGAAAUUAAUUUUAUUACUAUUUUAUGUAUUGGUUUAUUAUUCAUUUCAGGUUUUUGCGAUCGAUUUUGCAAGUUUGUGAAUAAUAAAUCUCGUCAAAUGACAUAUGACGAGUGGCUUGGAAACGUAAACAAACAAGCCAAUGGCUGGUACGCCCCCCAAGCAUGCUUGCGACUGCUUGCCCAAAUACAGCCGAUAUUCGCCCAGAUACAGCAGAGAUCGUAGGAGCUGUAGGUGUAAGGCAACACCUACUAGCAUGGCAUCUUACAUCAGCCGUAUCAAAGAAAAAACAGCCCGCGUCUUAAGGUCUCCUGACAAGAAGAAAGAAUUCCCAAAACCUGAUGCUGAAGGGGGGAGCAGUCCACCGAAAUCUCCAGAUGAUGCAGUACCCAAGGAAAAAGAGAAGAAAACAGAGAACCGGUCAAAGUCUGCUCCCUCUAAAGAACAAAUGGAAAAAUGGACAUCAUCCAUAAGUUGCUUGUUAAGGGACCAUGAUGGAAUAGAAGCCUUCCGUGAGUUUUUGAAAGAAAUGGAAGAUGAGUCGGGGGAAGAGGGCGAACACACAAAGUACAUUGAUUUUUAUGUGGAGUGUGAGGAGUAUAAAAUGGAGUUCCAGAAACUUGAAGAAAAAGCUAAGGCAAUAUAUGAAGAAUAUUUAGCGGAAGCUGCUGGAAAGCCUGUGGAUUUCCGGAUCAAAGCAGCAAAUAGGAAGGUUGGAUAUAUAAGAAAGCUUUUGCAUUUAAGGGGUAAGGAAAUUGCUGAUAAAGCAAAUUUUUUGCAGAUUGGAGCUGACAAGGAAGUUGGGACUGGAGGAAAAAGUGUGGACAUUGGUGAUAAGUUGGAGGCUGAAGGUUUGGAAGGUGUUAAGUUGUUUGACGAGCCGCUGACCAAAGUUGUACAUAAAUUGGAGACUGGAUAUUAUGUCAACUUCUGUUUAAGAUUAAAAGAAAAGUUAAAGCUUUGAAUGCUUUUUUUUAAUAUGUUCAAUUUGUUAUUUUUUACAGAAGUUUAUAUACUUUUAUAAAUUAUGCAGUAUUAGGCUUUCAGAAUCAAGUUUAUAUAGUAGCUGGUGUAGUAGGUGUGGCAAAGUUUAUUUUCCAGAAUCUAAGGUAAUGGAUAGUAGAAAAUUUUGACUGUAGAUGUAAGUGUUUAUUAACAGUUUUAUUACUUUUAAUUUGUGUAAAGUGAGAAUGAUAGUGUAGUCUAUUAGUGAGUGCUGUCAUUUAUGUGACUUUUGAACAAUUUCAAGUGAUAUUUAUGGCCUUAUGCAGUGUUCGUUAGUGAGUUGACUCAUAAAGGCACCGAGUGGCCAGUGCACAGGUGCUGUUUAUAAUGCACACACUCAACACAGCAAACAGACUCAUUUUGGGUGGGAAAUUUGCUCACAUGGUAUUUGUGUAGCUUCAUUACUCAGAUUAGCUCCAAAAACAUGACAAAAGUUAAUAGAAGAAUCAAGCUCAGUAGAAUAGGACUUUGCACAAUGAUGAAUGUGUUUUACUGAAUGCAUAGACAAUACAUUAUUUUCAGUCCCCAUGGAGGCUGAAUUUAGCGUUGACAUUUAACUGUGAAUUGUAAUGUUACAGUAUAGGUAUGGUAUUUUAUUUUUUAGAAAUAAAUAUUUACAAUCAAUAUCUGUGUAAUAUAACUAUUUUUCAUACUUUUGUUGAUUAUGUUUGUGAAGCAUUUUCCAGUAAAUGUCCUAUCAAAAUUAAUUUGAUACUCAUGAAUAUUUAUAUUAUAUUUUUUUACUGUAUUUUAUCAUUCAUUUUGGUGCUAGAAGGUUCUCAGAGAUGUACGCUAUAGAAAUUAAAAUUCAGAAAUGUAGCUAUAGCUAAACUUUUAUGUGAAUCAUCUUUUGCAGCAUUCUAGUUUGAUAUAAGAGUUUUGUUCUUGUUGAUGGUAUAUCAGACUCUUCCUUUUUCUUACUGUACGCAUAUCUUCUGACACUUGUGCAGAUGUGGUACUUGCAACCUUCUUGUAGUUAUAGUUCAUACACUAAUUUUAAGCACAGCAAGAAGUUAAUAAACUUUGAGGCUACCAUUUUUCCAUGGCUUGAUAACUGGAACUAUAUUGGUACUGUGUCAGGUUAUUUAACAAGACCACUGAGUAAUGUAUUUAAUUCUCACAGGGUUGGCUGAACUGGCCCUAAAAGUUACCAAUAGGGUAAUAAUUCUCAACUUUCUAGUAAACACGCACUUAGGAGUUAUCCAUCUAGGCAAAAGGUUAGGAGCACAGUCCUUGGUCCUGUUUUAGGCUGUAUAAAUCUUGUUAAUACUUUGCUGAUUCAUGAACUAGGCAAUGGAAGGGUUUUACUCUUGUUAAAGAACUGCAGAAUCUUCUGGUUCAUUAAAUCAUCAUUAUUGCUACCAAAGCAACUGUCACAGGAUUGAAGACAGAAGCAACACCCUGUAUGGUGAGAGUGUAGUUGAACAGUUGAUUUAGGACAGAUGUAUUGAAUGAAGGUUACACAUGAGAAAGAAUUAGCUGAGAGAAUCUUUUAAUAUUGUGAACAUAGCCAUUAAGGGGGCUUGCUGGUUUAGAGAUGAGAAUCUUCAUUUAUUGAUUCGUACAUACAUAUGCCUAUAGUUUUUAUCCAUGUACUAGGAAUAAAAGUAAUCCAAUGUGUCAGUUUUAGUCCCAGAAAUCCAUUCUUUGGCAUUUUUUUCCCACCUGCCAAAAAAUCAAAAAGCCAUUUCCCCAAACUUAUUGCUGUGUGUGAUUUAAAGUAAUAUAAUUCAGAAAACUUGUAUUAAAUAUCACUCAUAUGGUGUAUUAGUUUUUAUCAGUGGUUUCUUAAAGGAAGCGUAAUCUAAAUUUUUACCAUUACUAAAGAGUUUGCUAUAGCACUGGGUCGUCUCAGAUGUAAAAGAAAUGAAUCAGUUAAACAGGUUUAGACCUAUCAAUUGUGGAAUUUUAAUGAAAUUAAUUUUAAAAUAUGUGGAAAAAUAAGUCUGGGGUUUGGUACUGAGACACUAAUCUGUAAAGUUGGAGUUACCUGACUCUGGGCUGACGCAUCAAUUACUUGGAUCAACGCUUCAGAGCAACAGAAUAUGUAUAACUUUUGUGUCGAUGCCUAUCAUUUGGGAAGCUAUGUACCAAAGGAUAUGUAUGUAAUCAACUAAAUAAAGAACUUAUGCUCCAAAUUUUAAGAGUGCCCCCUAAGAAAUCUCCCACAGCUACAAAUUCACGUGAAAUUUUUGAUGCAAUACUUCAUUUACUCAUGGCAUAUUACAAACUUAGCGAUAGAAAAACAUACAUGGCCAUUUGAUAUAUCGACCUAUAGACAAAUUUUAUUUUUUAUUUUGUAAGUUCAAUCAUUCAGUUACUGCCCAGCCCAGCCCCCUUAAAGUCUUAAGCAUUUCACAUACACAUUUUUGUAAGACAUUUAGCUACAGAAAUAUUUCAUAUUUGUCUGUUUCCUCAGUUCCCAUCACUCCUUGUUAUUUAAAGGUCCCAAUAUUCUUAAAUCAUCGAUCUCAGUGAUGCAGGACUUUUCUUACUGUACUUAUGACAGGUUAUUCUAGUUUCUUCAGGGUUGUAAUGUAGAUAUACUGUAGCUUCAUUUUAGACCUCUGGGAAUUGUGUUCUUACAGUUUAGUAGUUGUUAACCCCUGCUGUGCCUUGGUACUGUAUCUGGGCAGUUCUGUAAACCUUUAUGUAUGGAAUGAAUGUUUCAAUCUUUUUUUUUUUUUUAUGAAACGUGUAAAAAGACUAGAACAAAA